AUGUCUAUACCAUUAUGUAGAUGUCGUGUUCUAUAUAUUGGAUCAUCUGUUCCAACAAUUACUAAAGAUGGUCUUCAGGGUAUACAACAACCACUUCAUGAAAGGUACCCUGUAUCUGGUGAACCUGAUACUAAAGGAAUUGAUUCAUGGUUAUCAGUUUAUUCUAAUGGUCUUCUUCUUGAAUAUAUUGAUGGUCCUAAUCGUACAGAGACAGCAUUUUUUCCAAUAACAACACUUCAUUACUGUGCAGCAGUACGUUAUGUCAACCUUGGACCAUUUAAUGUUGAAGGUGGUGGUGGUGAAAAAUUUAUUCCACUUGAUUCACCAUUUGCUGAUAUACCAAAUUCACCACAUCCACCAAUUUUUGCAGCUAUCUUUCGUAGGACAACUGGUAUCAAAGUAUUAGAAUGCCAUGCUUUUAUAUGUACUAAUGAAAAAGCAGCAAAUGCUUUAGUUAGAUGUUGUUUUCAUAGUUAUGCUGAUACCAUUUACCUUAAGAUGGAUGAUAGAAUACCUGGUUUAAAAGCCAUUAAAGAUAAAAGUAGAAGUACCUCACCUGUACCUCCUCAAAAUAAUGGUGAUGAAAAAAAUGUUGAUGAAAAUCAACUUGUUAGUGAAACUACUAGUAAACUUGUUGUUAAUGAUACUGAUAUGUGGAAUGAAGUUGAUGGAAAACCUAAAACAAUUAAUAAAAGACAAAUUAGUUCUAAUUUUGGUAAUAAUGAACAUGAUACACCAAAAAGUGAAAAGAAAAAAGAUAAAAAAAAGGAUAAAAAAAAUAAUAAUAAAAAAGAUAAUGAAAGUCCAAGUAUCUCAAAUCCUGAACAUUUUCCACCACAUCCUGGUAUGAUGGGUUCUCCAAGAUUUAUUGGAAUGCCACCACCACCUCCACCUCCACCAUUUAUGCCUUUCUUUCCUCCAUCUAUGCCAUUACCACCACCACCACCAGGACCACAAACAAUUAAUGGUAGAGUUAAAUUUAUUCCACCACCUCCUGGAAUGUUUUUCCCUCCACCACCACCAUUUCAUCCAAUGUAUUAUGGAUCUUUACCACCACCUCAUCCAUAUUAUGUUGAUAGACCACCAUCUCCACCAAUGGUUAUACCAUCAAAUACAGGUACUGGACCAAUAAUAGAAUCAUAUUAUGAUACAUUUCCUAGAAGACAUGUAGUAGAAGGUGAACCAAUAUAUAUGUCUGGAAAUGGAAAUUAUCCCAUAUAUGGGACACUUUCUCAUCCAAUAUAUACAGAUAGAAAUGAAAUAUAUUAUGAAACAUAUAGAAGGCAAAAAAAACCUGAGCAAAAAUAUGGAGAAAGUCAUGUAGAAACAACAGUAAAUAGUGGUAAAGAUGAUAUAACAAAAUUUUGGGAUCAAUAUGAAGCUAGUAUAUAUAAAAAAGCUCAUGCUAAUGAAAAAGGUUUCCUUGAAACAUUAAAUGGAGAAGAAAAAGCAACAAAUAAUAAUGGUACAUUAAAAGUUUCCAGUGCUACACAAACACCAUCACAAGUAAGAAAAAUUAUAAAAGAAGAAAUAAUUGUUGUUGAAAAGAUACCAAAACCACCUACACCACCAAUAGAUUAUGAAAGAAAUACUCCUUCCCCAGUAGAGAAUGGUAAAAAAGUUAUAGAUAACCGUCUUCAUCAAAGAGAAGGAGUAAUUUAUUAA